CCGACCGGCCGGGACCGCUGAGGCUGUGAGCGUCGCCGCCGCCCAUCGCCGCCCUCCGCUGCCGCCGCUGCCGCCGCUGCCCGCCGCUGUCCGCGGUCAGCUCCCAGCCGGUCACCAUGAUCGGCGGCCUCUUCAUCUACAACCAUAAGGGCGAGGUGCUGAUCUCGCGCGUCUACCGUGACGACAUCGGCCGGAAUGCCGUCGACGCCUUCCGAGUCAACGUCAUCCACGCCCGCCAGCAGGUGCGCUCGCCGGUCACCAACAUCGCUCGCACCUCCUUCUUCCACAUCAAGCGGGCCAACAUCUGGCUGGCUGCCGUCACCAAGCAGAAUGUCAACGCUGCCAUGGUGUUCGAGUUUCUGCUCAAGAUGAUCGAAGUCAUGCAGUCGUACUUCGGGAAGGUCUCCGAGGAGAACAUCAAGAACAACUUCGUGCUGAUCUAUGAGCUGCUGGACGAGAUCCUGGACUACGGCUACCCGCAGAACACCGACACGGGUAUUCUGAAGACGUUCAUCACGCAGACGGGCAUCAAGUCGGCUAGCAAAGAGGAACAGGCCAUGAUCACCUCUCAGGUGACGGGCCAGAUUGGCUGGCGGCGCGAGGGCAUCAAGUACCGGCGCAACGAGCUCUUCUUGGACGUGCUGGAGUAUGUGAACCUGCUGAUGUCACCGCAGGGUCAGGUGCUGUCAGCCCACGUGGCCGGCAAGGUGGUGAUGAAGUCCUACCUCUCCGGCAUGCCCGAGUGCAAGUUCGGCAUCAACGAUAAGAUUCUGAUGGAGGCUAAGAAAGGCGCCAGCGACGACGCCACCCGCUCGGGUCGCACCAGCAUUGCGAUCGACGAUUGCCAGUUCCACCAGUGCGUUAAGCUGUCCAAGUUCGAGACAGAGCACGCCAUCAGCUUCAUCCCGCCGGACGGCGAGUACGAGCUGAUGCGCUACCGCACCACCAAGGACAUCUCGCUGCCGUUCCGCGUCAUCCCGCUCGUCUGCGAGGUCGGCAGGACCAAGAUGGAGGUCAAGGUGGUGAUCAAGUCGAGCUUCAAGCCGUCGCUGCUGGCGCAGAAGAUCGAGGUGCGCAUCCCGACGCCGCUCAACACCUCCGGCGUGCAGCUGAUCUGUAUGAAGGGCAAGGCCAAGUACAAGGCCUCGGAGAACGCCAUCGUCUGGAAGAUCAAGCGCAUGGGCGGCAUGAAGGAAUCGCAGAUCUCGGCCGAGGUGGAGCUGCUGCAGACCGACAACAAGCGGAAGUGGACCCGACCGCCCAUCUCCAUGAACUUCGAGGUGCCGUUCGCGCCGUCCGGCUUCAAGGUGCGCUACCUCAAGGUGUUCGAGUCCAAGCUGAACUACUCAGACCAUGACGUCAUCAAAUGGGUGCGCUACAUCGGCCGCAGUGGGCUCUACGAGACCCGCUGCUAGCGUCGCGUCCGCGGCGCCGCAGGCCACACAGCAGCGCAGGACCGAGCCGAGAGGCGGCGGCGUCCCGGCCGGGCCGGGGGCGCCGGCACAGGCUCGAGGACGGGCGGACGGGCGGCGGGGGCACCGGUGACAGGCUCCCGUGUGCUCCGUCCGGUCCGAGGCGUUUGCUUCCGUUUUUGGUUUAUUGAGAGACAGCUGCAUGUUAGGUGUGACGUUAUGCGCCCAUGACAGAAUUGGAACAGCGUCGGUAUGCGCACGGUUGGGUCGCUUCGAUCUACGAGACAGCUUUGCUUGCGGCUCGCGUUGGGAGAGGUCGUAUUGACAAUGCUGGUGUAUCUCCACGUGCCCGGAUUCGUGUAUGACUUUAUGAAAACCCUGCUUAUGGUCGGAAGUGUCUUUUCUACAUUUAGUUCAAUAUUGGGGGCGGUGAGAAUUCCAAUAUCAUCAUGAAGCCGGCCUGGCGUCAGGCUGGCACCGAGCGUCAGUCGGGGCGCGGGGUGGAUCUCACCACGGAUCGCACGACAUUCCUCGUAGGCGCAGGACCGGGGCGCGUCGUUAACAGAUCUGGUGGUGCCGCUUCCCACGGGUGUCCAGCGGUGCGCGCGCGGGCCGGGAUGUCAACCCGGCGCUGCCGUGAGCACGUCGCUACUCGCGAACGCCCCGGCCGAUACAGGCCGCGUUGUUCGCGGGCGGCGCGAGGAGGCGCUGGACCGCGGCCGUCUUCGCGGCGCAUGGAUGUAAUAGCGUGGUUGUUCUGUGGUUCUAAUCUGGCGUGCAUUCCGUUAUGUGUUGUUAUCCUGUGGCAGAUAUCUAGACCUUUCCCUGCUUAUCGCGUCGUCCUGUCGGGUCGCCACCUUGUUAGUGAUCACCUCCGUAGCAGUGGUUCCAUGUCGGCCCCCCUGUAUUCGUCAGACGAGCGCCAAUCAUGUUUACGUCCAAGCUAUGGCACCAAUACACAGCUGCUUAGUCGAA